AUCUGUUUAACUCCUGCUGGCAAUCCAGCGCUUUUUGAAUGAAGUCCUCUUCUUCCGUAUAGCUGGGAAUAUGUUCCGGAUAUGACCGUCACCUGAUAAACUGCUCAAGUUCUAUAGCACGGGAUUGUAGAAUAUCUAAGGUAUAUCAUCUGAGCAAUAAUGGCAGGAAAUCCACCUAAAAUCAAGGUGCUGCCCAGUGACAGUGAGAGGCUACAGAAACUCAAAAAGUCAUUUAUUGGAAAAUAUGAAGAAAGUCCUCUGUUUUAUGCAUGUGCUCCUGGCCGGGUGAAUUUAAUAGGAGAACACAUUGACUACUGCGGUUAUGCUGUCCUCCCUAUGGCUAUCGAGCAGAACAUUCUUGCUGCUGUUUCAGUGAACAGCUCUCAGAUAAUCCACCUGGCCAACGCUGAUCCCAAAUACAAGGAUUUUACAGUGCCUGUCAGUGAAAUCACUAUAGACUCAGAAAAUCCUCAAUGGCAUUAUUACUUCCUUUGUGGAGUCAAAGGUGUUCAGGAACUGCUGAAAUUGUCUCCUCUGGCUGGGAUUCGGUGUAUUGUGGACGGAACUAUUCCAGCUAGCUCAGGCUUGUCGAGUUCCAGCGCUCUGGUGUGCUGCGCGGGUCUGGUCACAAUGGAAGCCAACCAGAAAUCUGUCACCAAAGUGUUGUUGGCUGAGACGUGUGCCAAGUGUGAACGCUAUAUUGGAACCGAAGGAGGAGGAAUGGAUCAAUCCAUAUCUUUCCUUGCCGAAGAGGGAACUGCCAAGCUGAUCGAGUUCAAUCCCCUGAGGAGCACAGACGUGAAACUCCCAGAUGGCGCUGUCUUUGUGAUUGCUAACAGUUGUGUAGAGAUGAACAAGGCAGCCACGUCACACUUCAACAUUAGAGUGGUGGAAUGCCGCAUUGCUACGAAGAUACUGGCCAAGGUCAGAGGCCUGGAGUGGAGUAGUGUGCAAAAGCUGGGAGAACUGCAGACACAACUGGGCUCGAGUCUGGACGAGAUGCUGGAUUUGGUGGAGGAAGUCCUUCACCCUGAGCCUUACAGCAGAGAAGAGAUUUGCAAGAUCCUGGGAAUCACCACUCAGCAGUUGUGUGACAGUAUUCUCAGUGCUAACACACAACAUGUGACCCACUUCAGGCUGUACCAGCGGGCCAGGCAUGUGUACAGCGAAGCGGCUCGCGUGCUGCAGUUCAAAUCUGUGUGUGAUUCCGCCCCUGCUGAUGCUGUUCUGCAGCUUGGAGAGCUAAUGAACCAAAGCCAUUCUAGCUGCAGAGACUUGUAUGAGUGUAGCUGCCCAGAGCUGGACCAGCUGGUGGAAAUUUGUCGGGAUGCAGGCGCAGUGGGAUCCAGGUUAACAGGCGCUGGAUGGGGAGGCUGUGCUGUUUCCAUGGUACCCACUGAAAAGGCGGAUUCUUUUCUCCGGACAGUGAAGGAGCGCUACUACAUGCCCGAUUCUCGGCGAGCAGCUCUGUUAAAGCAGAGCCUUUUUGUAACAAGGCCAGGAGGAGGAGCAGCUAUUUUUACAGAAGAAUAAAAUCUGAGGGAGAUUUACA